UUCCUCUCCAGAAAUACAAAGACAUUGAGCCCACGGUGAAGAUGGAGGAGGUGGACGGAGAGGAACUGGUGAAGAAGUUUGCUGAGGAGAUGGAGAGAAUGCUGGGUAGGAAGAUGAAGUCUGUCAAGAGACUGGCGGAGGCAGCGGAGGACGCUGAUCUAUACCAUGAAUUCAACGCUACUUUAGAGUUUGACUACUAUAACUCUAUGCUGAUCAACUCGGUGGAUAAAGAUGGAAACGCUAUCGAGCUGGGAGGAGAGUUUCCUCUAGAAGAGAAUGAACACUUCAACAAGCUCCAGGUCAACACUCUGCAGAGCGACAUACAGGUUCCCACCAACGUUUACAACAAAGACCCUGGUAUUCUAAACGGGGUGUACAUGUCGGAGGCCCUGAACGAUGUGUUCGUGGAUAACUUCCAGAAGGACCCUACUCUAACCUGGCAGUACUUUGGCAGUGCCACUGGCUUCUUCAGACUCUACCCAGGCAUCGCCUGGACCCCAGAUGAAAAUGGUGUCGUCACGUUUGACUGCAGGAACAGAAACUGGUACAUCCAGGCUGCGACAUCUCCCAAGGACAUCAUCAUCGUAGUGGACGUCAGCGGGAGUAUGAAGGGUCUCAGGCUCACUAUCGCCAAGCACACUAUUAACACCAUCCUGGACACACUAGGGGAGAACGACUUUGUCAACGUCAUAGCCUACAGCGACUAUGUCCAAUACGUGGAACCCUGCUUCAAGGGCACCCUGGUCCAGGCUGACCUGGACAACCGAGAGCACUUCAAGUUGCUGGUUGAGGAGCUCCAGGUAAAAGGAGAGGGGAAAGUCAAGAAGGCCAUGAAGGAAUCCUUCAAAAUCCUCAAUGAGGCUGCAUCGUUGGGUCAGGGCAGUCUGUGUAACCAGGCCAUCAUGCUGAUCACUGACGGAGCCAUGGAGGAUUAUGAGGAAGUGUUUCAGGAGUUCAACUGGCCAGAACGCAGGGUGCGUGUUUUUACUUACCUUAUUGGUCGAGAGGUGACCUUCGCUGACACUGUGAAGUGGAUUGCCUGCAACAAUAAAGGUUACUACACACACGUCUCCACGUUGGCCGAUGUUCAGGAGAAUGUCAUGGAGUACCUUCACGUUCUGAGUCGACCAAUGGUCAUCAACCAUGAUCAUGACAUCAUCUGGACAGAGGCUUACAUGGACAGUGCGCUGCCCAACACAGCAGAGCUGUUCAACACCCAGGCUCAGAGCCUGCUCCUCAUGACCUCUGUGGCCAUGCCUGUGUUCAGCAAGAAGAAGGAGACGCUGUCUCAUGGUAUUCUGCUGGGGGUGGUGGGGACUGACGUCCCUCUGAGAGAACUGAUGAGGCUGGCUCCUAGAUACAAGCUGGGUGUCCAUGGUUACGCCUUCCUCAACACCAACAACGGUUAUAUCCUCGCCCACCCUGACCUCCGACCUCUGUAUAAGGAGGGAAAGAAGCUGAAGCCAAAACCCAACUACAACAGUGUUGAUCUGGCUGAGGUGGAGUGGGAGGACACGGAUGAGACGUUGAGAACUGCCAUGGUAAAAGGAGAGACAGGUACUCUGUCCUUAGACGUCAGAGCCACUGUAGAGAAAGGGAGAAGAGUCAUGUUCCUGAAGAAUGACUACUUCUACACAACCAUCAACGAGACUCCGUUCAGUCUUGGCAUGGUGCUGACCAGAGGGCACGGAGAAUAUAUCUUCAUUGGGAACGUGUCUGUUAGGGAAGGCCUCAAUGACCUGAUGCAGCCAGAUGUGUCCAUCGCAAAUGAGUGGACCUACUGUGAGACAGACAUUGACCCUCACCACCGCAAGCUGACCCAGCUCCAGGCUGUGUUUCGAUACCUCACAGGGAAGGAACCUGAUCUGGAGUGUGAUGAGGAACUGUUGAGACAGACUCUGUUUGAUGCUGUGGUCACAGCCCCCAUGGAGGCUUACUGGACAGCAUUGAUGCUCAACCCAUCUGGUAUGGACGAGGGGGUGGAGACUGCGUUCCUGGGCACCCGGUCUGGUCUGAUGAGGGUCACCAGAUACGUGGGCAUUGAGAAACGCGUUGCCAAACCAAAGGUCUUCUCCAAGAAAUUCCUGUCUCCGUCGGACAAGGAGAACAUCUUUACGAUGGACCACUUCCCCGUGUGGUAUCGCCGCGCUGCAGAGUACCCCGCCGGCAAGUUCCUGUACUACAUCCCCAAAGAGGACACCAGAGAUGCGUCAGGGAGGAUGGUGAUCGCCACCACAGCUGUGACUGUCACCGUGGGCAAGAAGACUGCAGUGGCAGGAGGUAGGAACAAUUAUCUCUUUACAUCUCUCUGUCUUGUUCUCUCGCUCUCUUGUUUUCUCGCUCUCUUG